UCCUCAUUCCACCUUUGUUAAACAACACUGCAGGUAUUUUAACACAGACACACACACUGAUAAGAUUUCUCUCAGGACGACUGUGUUCUGAAUGUUAAAACAUACUUUUCUGGGAACCUGUACCACCGAGACCUGAUGUCAGGAAUCACCUGUCCAGAUGAAGGUGUGUGUGUGAGCUGAUGUGGAUGUGAAUUCAGCAGAAUGGAUCAGUGUGAGGACGGAGAGGAGGGAGUCCCUCCCUCUAAAACCCCUAUGUGUGGGGAAGAUGAGAGUCGGAGCAAAGCUCAGAGGAAUCAACCUGGACCCAGAGCCGGAACUGGACCUGAACUUGAAUCCAGACCUGGACCCAGCUGUGUGUCCUUGAAGAGUGACAGGUCAAAAGGCUUUAUAAUUCUCUUUAAAGGAGACCAACAGUCUUCUUCAGAGCGAGUGGACCAGCAGAGCUCAGAGCCUCCCAGCGGUCCGUCUGUCCAGCAGCAGCAGACACAGCUGGACUCCAUCUUUCAGCUGCUGGAGGACAACAUUGUCAUGUUUGUGAAGAAUGAGCUGAAGAAGAUCCAGAGGGGUCUGAGUCCAGAUUACCCAGAAUCCCUAGAACAUCUGUUGGAGGGUGAGGAUGAAGAGCAGAGGAGGAGCAGAGAGGCGUUUGUGAAGAUCACAGUGAACUUCCUGAGGAGAAUGAAGCAGGAGGAUCUGGCUGAGCAUCUGCGGAGAAGUACCUUUGCUGAAGAUUGUAAAAAGCGGCUGAAAUCAAAGCUGAAGAAGAAGUGCCAGUGUGUGUUUGAGGGAAUUGUUAAAGCAGGAAACCCAGCCCUUCUGAAGCAGAUCUACACAGAGCUCUACAUCACAGAGGGAGGGACUGGAGAGGUCAACGAAGAACAUGAAGUCAGACAGAUUGAAGCAGCAUCCAGGAAACCAGACAGAGCAGAAACAACCAUCACACAGGAAGACAUCUUUAAACUCCCACCUGGAAGAGAUGAACCAAUCAGAACAGUGAUGACGAAGGGAGUGGCCGGCAUCGGGAAAACAGUCCUAACACAGAAGUUCACUCUGGACUGGGCUGAAGGCAGAACCAACCAGGACAUCCAGUUCCUGCUUCCAUUCACCUUCAGAGAGCUGAAUGUGCUGAAAGAGACAAAGUUCAGCUUGGUGGAACUUGUUCAUCACUUCUUCACUGAAACCAGAGAAAUCUGCAGCUUUGAAGAGUUCCAGGUCGUGUUCAUCUUUGACGGUCUUGAUGAGAGUCGACUUCCUCUGGACUUCCACAACAAUGAGGUCCUGACUGAUGUUACAGAGUCCACCUCAGUGGAUGUGCUGCUGACAAACCUCAUCAGGGGGAACCUGCUUCCUUCUGCUCAUCUCUGGAUCACCACACGACCCGCAGCAGCCAGUCAGAUCCCUCCUGAGUGUGUCUCCAUGGUGACAGAGGUCAGAGGGUUCACUAACCCACAGAAGGACGAAUACUUCAGGAAGAGGUUCAGAGAAGAAGAGCAGACCAGCAGGAUCAUCUCCCACAUCAAGAAAUCACGAAGCCUCCACAUCAUGUGCCACAUCCCAGUCUUCUGCUGGAUCACUGCUACGGUCCUGGAGAAAGUCCUGGAAACCAGAGAGAGAGGGGAGCUGCCCAAGACCCUGACUGAGAUGUACAUCCACUUCCUGGUGGUCCAGGCCAAACUGAAGAGGGUCAAGUAUGAUGGAGGAGCUGGGACGGAUCCACACUGGAGUCCAGAGAGCAGGAAGAUGAUCAAGUCUCUGGGAAAACUGGCUUUUGAGCAGCUGCAGAAAGGAAACCUGAUCUUCUAUGAACCAGAUCUGAGAGAGUGUGGCAUCGAUGUCAGAGAGGCUUCAGUGUACUCAGGAGUGUUCACACAGAUCUUUAGAGAGGAGAGCAGCCUGUACCAGGACCAGGUCUUCUGCUUCAUCCAUCUGAGUGUUCAGGAGUUUCUGGCUGCUCUGCAUGUCCAUCGGACCUUCAUCAAGUCUGGAGUCAACCUGCUGGAGGAACAAAGAAACACCUCUAGACGGUUUAAAACAAAAGCAGAGACUAAGCUCUAUCGGAGUGCUGUGGACAAGGCCUUACAGAGUCCAAAUGGACACCUGGACUUGUUCCUCCGCUUCCUCCUGGGUCUUUCACUGGAGACCAAUCAGACUCUCCUACGAGGUGUGUUGAAACCAAAACAAAGAAGUUCACAGAACAAUAAGGAAACAGUUAAAUACAUCAAGAAGAGGAUCAGUGAGGAUCUGUCUGCAGAGAAAAGCAUCAACCUGUUCCACUGUCUGAAAGAACUGAACGCUGGUUCUCUGGUGGAGCACGUCCAACGGUCCCUGAGGUCAGGACGUCUCUCCACAGAUAAACUGUCUCCUGCUCAGUGGUCGGCUCUGGGCUUCAUCUUACUGUCAUCAGAAGAUCUGGAGGUGUUUGACCUGAAGAAAUACUCAGCUUCAGAGGAGGUUCUACGGAGGCUGCUACCGGUGGUCAAAGCCUCCAAGAAAGUUCUGUUGAGUGGUUGUAACCUCUCAGAGGACAUCUGUGCAGAUCUGUCCUCAGUUCUCAGCUCUCAGUCCUCCAGUCUGACAGAACUGGACCUGAGUAACAACCACCUGCAGGAUUCAGGACUGAAGAAGCUGUGUCCUGGACUGGAGAGUCCACACUGUCACCUGGAGUCUCUCAGGUUGAGUGACUGUAACCUCUCAGAAGACAUCUGUGCAAAUCUGUCCUCUGUUCUCAGCUCUCAGUCCUCCAGUCUGACAGAACUGGACCUGAGUAACAACCACCUGCAGGAUUCAGGACUGAAGAAGCUGUGUCCUGGACUGGAGAGUCCACACUGUCACCUGGAGUCUCUCAGGCUGUCAGGCUGUCUGAUCUCAGAGGAAGGAAGUGCUUCUCUGGUCUCAGCUCUGAGCUCCAACCCCUCCCAUCUGAGAGAGCUGGACCUGAGCUACAACCAUCCAGGAGAGUCAGCAGUGAAGCUUUUGUCUGCUAGACUGGAGGAUCCCCGCUGGAGACUGAACACUCUCAGGGUGGAGCCUGCUGGACAACGAUGGUUGACACCAGGUCUGAGGAAGUAUUCCUGUCAACUCACCAUUGACACAAACACAGUCUACAACAAAAUCCAACUGUCUGACAACAACAGGAAGAUGACACGUGUGUGGGAGGAUCAGUCAUAUCCUGAUCAUCCAGACAGAUUUGGUUACUGGGAUCAGCUGCUGUGUAGAGAAGUUCUGAUGGGUCGCUGUUACUGGGAGGUCCAGUGGAGAGGAUAUGUUGAGAUAUCAGUGAGUUACAGAAGAAUCAGCAGGAAACAAGACUCUGGUGACUGUAGGUUUGGAAGGAACCAUCAUUCCUGGAGUCUGGAAUGUUCUGAUGAUGGUCGGUACCGUGUCCGGCACAAUAAGAGAGCAACGUCUUCCUCCUCCACUUUCUCAGUCUCUGACAGAGUAGCAGUGUAUGUGGACGUUCCUGCUGGAACUCUGUCCUUCUACAGCGUGUCCUCUGACAGACUGAUCCACCUCCAAACCGUCAACACCACAUUCACUGAACCUCUUUAUCCUGGGUUCUGGUUCUGGUCUGGUUCUUCAGUGUUUCUGUGUUGAGUUGUUUCCAGAGUCU